UGCAGUGUGUAUGCUCCUUGUGCCUUUAUAACAUACCACGGGCACGGUGCGGCGACAGGAGAACAGACACCUACAUAAAUUACAGGGCAUGCUGCCCCGUCUCGGUACCCUCGCCCGCUCUCUCUCGCGUCGCAACAUGUCUCUCGCCCCCGCCCCCGCCAGCAAGCCGUUCCUCCUCUACACCGCCGCCACGCCGAACGGCCACAAGGUCUCCAUCCUGCUCGAGGAGCUCAAGGCGACGUACGGCGUCGACUACGACGUGCACAAGAUCGACUUCGCGAAGAACACGCAGAAGGCGCCGUGGUUCAUCCAGCUCAACCCCAACGGGCGCAUCCCCGUGCUGCUCGACCGGCGCCGCGGCGACUUCCCCGUGUUCGAGACGGCCGCGAUCCUGCUGUACCUCGCGCAGCACUACGACACCACGCGGCGGUUCGCGUUCGACCCGCAGACGAGCGCGGACGACUACAGCGAGAUGCUGCAGUGGAUCUUCUUCACCCACGGAGGCAUCGGCCCUAUGCAGGGACAAGCCAACCACUUUGCGCGGUUCGCCCCUGAGGACAUACCCUACGCCAAGAAGCGCUACCUCGACGAGACGAAGCGUCUCUACGGCGUACUCGACAUCCGCUUGAACGGCCGCGACUGGCUCGCGGGGCCCGAGAGGGGCACUUACAGCAUCGCGGAUAUGAACGCGUUCCCAUGGGUAAACGGGCAUGCGUUCUGCGGGAUCGAGACGCUUGAUGAGUGGCCGCAUGUCAAGGCUUGGAUCGAGCGGAACUCUGAACGUCCAGCUGUAAAAGCAGGAAUGGCGGUUCCGUAG